AUGUUCCCCUCCCUGGGAAGAGGGACGGGUUCCCAUCAGGUGGUUGCUCUCCUGUCCCCUGGCCCCAGCAUCCUCCGUCUGCUCCAUCUCUGUGGCUCUUCCUGCCCAGGUGGCCCGUGUGGUUCAGUCAGCACCGCGUCUCCCAGGUGUGUGCGCGGUGUGGCCCGUGUGGGUUUGUCCAUCCAUGGGCAGCCAGCUCUGGGCCCCCUUCAGCUGCUGUGUGUGCUCCGGUGUGAGGGUCUGCUUAGGUCCCUGUCAUCAGGGUGGGGGCAUGCUCCAAGAAGCGGGGUUGCUGGCUUGAUGGUUUGA